AUGGCACCCAAAUGUGUGAUGGUAGUGAAAUCACUUCAAAUGGCAGAAAUACAUUCAUUAUUGACCCAAAUGAAUUCUAAAUUGACAAAUAUAGAGUCCAAAAAUAACUGUUUAGAAGUUCGACUGACCGAAAUUGAAAAGAAAAUCUCAGUUAUGGGAGAAAUCCAAACAGCAGUAACCACAGUAUCCUCCCAUGUCAAAGUGAUGGCAGAAGAAAUGAAUACAAUCAAAAACGAUCAAAAAGAGCUUGAAUCUAACAUGUGUUCUCUGGGUAACUUAUUUGAUUCAGUAAAAGACGCAGUGGGAUCCAACUCGAAACAGAUAAAUGAAAACCGAAAGGAGUUGGUUGAAAUCAGAGAGGGAAAAGCUACAGAUCUGCAGCUAGGAAAAGGUCAGCAAGAUCAGAAGACAUUGAAUGAGGCAAGUGACAACUUACGGGAGUCGAUGAUUGAUCUCAAAGCUCGCUCCAUGAGGGACAACUUGAUGUUCAGUGGAAUAUGGGAAGAGAAAAACGAAGACACCGAAGCAGUGUUACAAGAAUUUAUUUACCGUAAAUUCAAGCCUGGCUACGAAAUUUCGUUUGAGAGAGUGCAUAGGAUGGGGAAGUGGAACGAAUUUAACGAAUUCCCCCGCAAUAUAGUUGCUAAGUUCUCUUUCUUUAAAGACCGGGAGUUCAUACGGACACGUGCACCACAAAAGUUAAGCGGCACUCGUAUCUGGGUCAACGAGCAAUACUACAGAGAUCGAAGAAAAAAAGAAAGAAGUUAUAUCCCGUCAUCCGACAAGCCAGGAGGGAUCACAAAAAAAUAUUAUGCUGCCAAGAAACAUGCCAGCUUAGAGGGAUGUUGCCUGCCACCUCCAGAGAAAGAAGAUAUUCGUCAGCGUAUGGUCCAAUCUAAAUACUUAAAAACUGAUUACAAGAUUCAUGUGGCAGAAACAUCAGAUGUUGCUGAUCAUUGCAGAAGGUAUGCUUUAAGCGACUGUUCUAAACUGUUUUCUCUGGAAUGCAAUCAUGACCAUACUAACUUUUGUGAGGCCUGCGAACAGCUCAAAGAAGUUGUAGGUGAUGUCAAACAGCUUGUUGAUAAUUUUGAUUUCUCUGCAAGGGAGGACAAAGAUGACAUCAUAUUUCGAUUGAAGUUUGCUGAAACAGGAAUUUUAGGCUGGAAAGCUCAUCUUUUAAGGUCCAAAAAUCAAGAAGAGGCAAAACAGGAAGUGUUGAGAAGCCUAUCGAUUUCUAAUGCUUGCAUUAUCUUAGACUGGGCUAUGAAAUAUCUGCCUCACAAGUACAGAGAGGACAGCCAGGAUUGGUUUGGGAAAAGGGGGAUAUCAUGGCACAUAGCAGUUGUGUUUAUUAAGGAUGAGGAAAUUUUGAAAGCUUUAACAUAUGUGCAUAUAUUUGAAGGACAAAUAUGUCAAGAUGCCAGUGUUACAACAGCAGUUAUAUUAGAUGUGAUACACGGUCUCCGUCAAGAGUAUCCGGAUAUCUCGACAAUUAAUCUGUGGUCUGAUAAUGCAGGAUGCUACAAAAGCUCUGAAACGAUAUCAACCCUCUACCACCACUGUAAAACAGUCAACUCAUUUGAUUUUUGCGAGGCGCAGGAUGGUAAGGGUGCAUGCGACAGAUCAGCUGCUGUUAUCAAAGCUAAUAUAAGAAGAUUUGUCAAUGAAGGUCAUGAUGUGGUGACAGCACGACAAAUGAAACAGGCAAUAGAGAAAACCAGUAGGAAAGUGAAGUACAGGGUGAAGGUAGUUGAAGUGGAAACAACGGAGCGACAGAAGUUCAGACCAGUCCCAGGAAUUUCCACAUUAAACAAUUUCAAGUUCCUUGGUGAGAGAGUACAAGUAUGGAGACAGUAUGGCAUUGGAGAUGGUAUGACCAUUCCUGGAAAAAAUUUGAGUAACAUCCAGCCAACAUCAUUGAAAAUAUUGGAAGGAGAUAGUGCUGAAGUCCACUUUCACUCAAUUCUGAAACCUUUAAGCAAGGAGGAGCAACACGUGUUCACAUGCAGCCAUGAAAGCUGUGUUUCAACUUUCAGCACAUCUGAGGAACUUGAUCACCACCUUAUUGUUGGCAGUUGUGACUUAAAGUUAGAAAAGGAAAGGAGCAACGACUUAGUCGUUCAAAAGUAUGCCAAAAUACUGCAGAAAGAAAACCGAGAACAAUACACACUUUCCUGUAUUAGUAAAGAAAGCACUGAUGACAGUAUUUUGAAAAAAGGAUGGGCUCUAAAAGAAGAAAGAAAGUGUGUUCGAUUUUCUAAGAAGCAGAAAUCUUAUCUGGAGGACAAAUUCAAGGCAGGUUUGAAGUCUGGAAGAAAGGAAGAUCCUGUCUCAGUUUCAGAAGAAAUGAGAAAAUUGAAAAAUAAAGAUGGAGAAAGGGUGUUUGCAUUAGAAGAGCUGUUGUCAGCGCAGCAAAUUGCUGGAUUUUUUUCAAGGAUGUGCAAGAAGUCUCAGUCUGCAAUUGAUGAAUCUUUAUUUGACAGCAUCCAUGCAAUACUUUAACUUCCAUUUUAGUGUUCCAUGUUAAUUGCAGUGUCAGUAGCAUCAAUUAUAUAUAUUUUGCAUGUGUAGAGGAUAAUUAUUUUCAGCUCAGAUUAAGAAAGUUGAGUAAUACAUGUACUACUUAUGAAAAUAUAAUGUAAAAUUUGCCUUAAAGAUAAUCUUUAUUGAGGUGAACUUUGCAAUUUUUUACGCUUUAAGCUGUAUAUAUAAUUUAAAUGGGUAGCAUGUACAGCCGCUGCACAGGAUUCUUUGUUAUGAAACAUCUUGAACAUUGUUAUGUCAUAGAGUGCUUGUCAUGUACAUCUACCAGCCCUCUUAUUUGUCCAUCACUCUCUCUCUCAAGUUCAAAGAAACAAUUUCAUUUUAUUAUAUGAAAACUCCAUAUGCCUAAACAUGUACAUGAAAAGAAAUAUUCAAUUGCACCAGCAAAUUUAUCACCAUAGCAAUGAAAUUCAUUUUCAAUUUAUUUAGUGAUAAAUCUUAUACCAUCUUACAUUUUCAAUUACAUGUUGUCGACUAUUGAAAUGUCUUUCUUCCUGAUUUAUCUACGUGUAAUUUGUCUAACUUGAUACAAGGCUACAAUACCCAAAAAUGACUGUAAUUAAUUGCAAAAUAAAUAAAAUUCUUGUAUUUGAAAACAGGACUGCUAAUUUAGUAUAUAUUUUUUAAAAUGGGCUAUAGAUUUUGUAUACUGGGAUUUAAAAUAUCAAUUAAAGGGAUUUUCUUGAAUUAUUGUCUGCCAUAGCAACAGUUUCUGUCAAAUUAUGAAUUUCUAUUUUGAUAUUUUGUAAAAUACUUUUCAUUCAAUUUUUUUUUUGUAUUGAAAAAUAAAAAUGAUCAUGAAUGAAGUUAUUAAAAUAUUUGUUGUAUACUUGUGAUAGCAACCAUUAAACGGAAGUGUUCGAAAACUAUUUGGUUACCACAGCAACAUUAUUUUAGACAUAUGAUAUUUCAAAAAAAUGUACGUAAGUGAAAUAAAAAAAAUAAUAAGUGUUAUCUAUUUGUUAGAAGAAAUUAAAUCAUGCACUGUGACAAUAGAUUCUACAAUGAGUGUGCUAAAAUUUCAAGCAUCUGUAAUGAGAAAACUGCUACCAAAAAUUUGUUAUGUACAAAAAACACACAGACAGACAGAUGGAUGGACAAAAACACAAAAAAAAUAUUUCAAAACCUUUUUUUCGGAGUGGUGGUAUAAUAAUUCCCUACUAAAGGAACAGCAAAAGAUCAUUUCAACAACAGCAAACACAAGUUGAAUCGAAAUGUUGGGGGGGAUUCUUGACUAUGUGCUUGUCCUACUUAAAAUAAGAACUGCAUAAAACAUGUAGAUAUGUUUCAAUUAAUGAAGGAAGUUGCUUCCAAAAUAUCGUCCAUGAUUUUAUAUAGGUACUUAUUGUUUACUUGUUUCCAUGGAAACAAAUCCUGCUGCAAUAUUUCAGAUACCAGUAGGUGUGAUCAGUUUAAGUUUGAAUUCAUCUGUUUUUGUCUGCGUUAAGAAAUUAAUUAGAAGUAUAAUCAACCAUUGGUGGCAGUGCUACAGGUUUGUAUACUGAUACAUCAAUAACUAUUUGGACAAUUACUGAUUUUUUUGGUAACCAUAGCAACUUUUUAAUUAUGAAUUUCUAAUUUCAUGCUGGUGAAAUGACAAGGUUAAUGUGAUUUAUUUAAUUAAAGAAGAUAUACAAUCGUGCAAUAAGGCAGUAGAUUUUGUAUAUUAAAAAUAUCAAUGAAAGGGAUUUUCCAGAACUUUUGGCUGCCAUAGCAACCGUUUUUAAAAUAAAUUAUGAAUUUACAUUUCAAUAUUCAGUGAAGUAAAAUUAAAUUCAAUUUUUUUAUUGAUUGAAAAAGACAAAUAAUCACGAAUGAAGCAAUUACAUUAUUUGCUGUAUACUUUGUAAGUAUCACAAAAAUUGUGAUAGCAGCCACUUGAAGGAAUUGUUCAAAACCUAUUCAGUGACCAUAGCAACGUGAUUUUAGACAUUUUUAUUUUAUUUUUUAAAAUGUACAUAAAUGAAAUGAUAAAUAUAAAGAGUGUUUUCUAUUUAAUUGAAAAAAUUAAAUCAUAGUUUACACUGAGGCCACGUAUACUGCGUAAUGAUAACGUCAAUAAUUAUAUUGAUUUUUCCUGACUUCUUCGGUUGCUAUAGUAACCCAGUACUUUUCUUUAAUUUAUAAAUUUGCAUUUUAUAUCAUAAUAUAUUAAAAUGACAAGGUUUAUUAAUGUGAUUUGUUUUACUUUUGAUUUUUUAGGGUUAUAAUGUAUAAAAAAGGAACCAAGUGUUGAAUCUACAAAUUUAUAAAAUCUCCAUAGCAACCAUUUUCAUUUUCGUUUUAUUUUAUUUUAAGAAAUAAUACCUCUCUAGAAAUUUUAUAUUUUGUUAAGUAAGGAAUGACCUUUUCAGUGAUGGUAGUUGUUUGUUAUGGAUUGCCCGCGUUUUCUUGCUACUAUGCUUAGAAUAUGCCAAAAAUUGGCACUUUUUCAAAUUUGUUAAAAUUUGAAAAAUUAACCCUUUUCACUGAAAGACAACUCUUUUAUGGCCAACUACUGAAUAAUUUCAUCAGUUGUGGUAGCUACUCCAACAAAUAGUCUAUCAGAGUAGGCAACAAUUAAAUCUGUAAAUAAUAUGCAGAAAAUAGAAAAACAAUGAUGAAUAUGGUAUACUUUCAGUAGCUUGCACUGUAUUUUUGGCCUCAAAAUGGUGGUUUUGGUUACCAUGGCAACCAGGACUCAAAAUAAAAAAUUAACCCCAAAAAUGUUUCAUACAUGGUGUUUCUACAUUGCAUGCAA